AUGUCAUUGACUGAAUCAUCAGCUGUCGAUGUCGCUCGAAGCGCAUCACUAGCCUCUCGCCGCCUCGCAACUCUAUCCAAUUCCGCCCGCAAUGAAGCAUUGACCGCACUACAUGCAGCGCUGGAUAAGAACCGAGCCGCUAUCUUAGCCGCCAAUGCAAAGGAUGUCGAGGCUGCUACUCGUGAUACCAAGAGUGGCAAUUUGAAUCCCAGUAUUCUGAAAAGACUGGAUCUAUCUAAGCCUGGCAAGUAUGAUGAUAUGCUGGAGGGAAUCUUGAAUGUACGGGACCUGGAUGACCCUGUGGGCCAGGUCACACUCCGAACACUCUUGGACGAAGGACUUGAGCUUGAAAGAGUCAGUUGUCCCAUCGGUGUCCUCCUUAUCAUCUUCGAGGCCCGCCCAGAAGUGAUCGCCAACAUCGCCGCUCUGGCUAUCAAGUCAGGCAAUGCAGCCAUUCUGAAAGGUGGAAAGGAAUCUACGGAGUCUUUCGUGGCCAUCGCGAAUGUCGUCUCGGCAGCCAUUGCUACUUCCCAGGUGCCCGAAUCGUCAAUUCAACUAGUCAUAACCCGCGAUGCGGUCUCAUCUCUACUAGAGCAAGACACACUUAUUGACCUCGUUAUUCCCCGAGGAUCUAACGAACUAGUUCGCUUCGUGAAGGACCACACAAAAAUUCCAGUACUCGGACAUGCCGACGGUCUCUGUUCGGCCUACAUUCACUCCGACGCAAAUGUCGAAACGGCCGUCAAAGUGAUUGUGGAUUCGAAAACCAACUACCCAGCCGCAUGUAAUUCCUUGGAGACUUUGCUGGUCCAGGAAGAUGUCUUGGGGUCUGUCUUCCCUGCGAUUGCCAAGGCUCUCCUGGACAAGGGAGUUUCUCUCCGUUGUGACGAGGCGUCGAAAGCUACACUGGCAAAAGCGCUCCCUACGGCGAAAGUCCAACUGGCUACUGAGGAGGACUACAAUACGGAGUUCUUGGAUUUAAUCUUGGCCGUCAAGACCGUCCCCUCAAUCGAAGCUGGUAUCGCUCAUAUUAACGCCCACUCUUCUGGACACACAGAUAUCAUCUUGACUGAGACAAGAGAGCUGGCAACAAUGUUUAUGGGUAGUAUCGAUAGCGCAGGAGUGUACUGGAAUGCGUCAUCCAGAUUUGCCGAUGGAAUGCGAUACGGGUUUGGAACAGAGGUUGGCAUUAGCACUAACAAGAUCCACUCACGUGGUCCUGUUGGUCUAGAGGGACUGACCAUUUAUAAAUAUCUGAUUCGGGGAAAUGGUCACGGCGCGGGUGACUAUCAUGAUGGUCAAGGUGGACGGAAAUUCCUCCAUACCAGCUUGCCCAUAAGUAAAUAG